UGUGUCAAGUGCAAAAACCGACAAGCUUGCUUUGUAAAAGUCAUUGUCUGUCUUGCUUGACGCUUGUGGUUAACAUAAUUUUAUCUUUUGUUUUAUUUUUCAAAUGUUUUAUCUAUUUCAUUAAAGCUAAUUUCUAAUUAUCUAUAGUGCUUGUUUACGUGAUCAUAAAUUUUGACAUCAGGAUAGAGAACGCCCAACAUGGCGUGGACAUCACAUCAGAGGUUUCUAGGCGUGAUGCUGGUGGUGACGGGCUCCAUAAACUCACUGAGUACUAAAUGGGCUGACAAGUUGCAAGCCAAGGGUUCCGAUGGACAGGUCCGGGACUUCGAACAUCCAUUUCUGCAGGCAGCGGCUAUGUUUCUGGGUGAAAUGCUGUGCCUGCUGACAUUCAAACUGGUUCAGUAUAGGACAAAGAACUCGGGGGGCCAUGCUCUCACCAAUGGCAACCAGAACUUCAAUCCCUUCGUUUUGAUGCCCGCUGCUAUGUUUGAUCUGAUUGGAACUUCGAUCAUGUAUAUCGGCCUGACCCUGACCUACGUGAGCAGCUUCCAAAUGUUCCGAGGCUCCAUCAUCAUCUUUGUGGCUGUGCUGUCUAUGACCUUCCUGGACCGGCGGAUCAUCAGACGUGAAUGGGUCGGCAUAGUGAGUGUGAUCAUCGGUCUGGUAGUAGUGGGUGUGACAGAUGCUCUGUACCAGAGCCCCGGCGAGUCCAAGGGCAGGAACAGCCUGAUCACUGGUGACCUGCUCAUCAUUGUAGCCCAAGUCAUCUCCUCCUGCCAAAUGGUUUACGAGGAGAAAUACGUUGCAGGACAGAACAUUCCUCCACUGCAGGCUGUGGGUUGGGAGGGGGUGUUCGGCUUCUCAGUGCUGUCCGGUCUGCUGGUCAUCUUCUACUGGACCCCUGCGCCUCCACACUUCGGCAACAACGCUAGAGGCACCGUGGAAGAUGUCGUCGAUGGAUUAGUGCAGAUCGGAAACAAUCCUUUAAUCCUGCUAGCAACCCUGGGCACUAUCAUCUCGAUCGCGUUCUUCAACUUCGCCGGUAUCAGCGUCACCAAGGAAAUGUCUGCUACCACCAGAAUGGUCCUGGAUUCUGUCAGGACAUUCGUGAUAUGGAUGGUGUCUCUCGCGGUGAGCUGGCAGGCGUUCCACUGGCAGCACCUGAUCGGGUUCGCGGUGCUGAUCUUCGGCAUGUGCGAGUACAACGGCGUGGUGCCGCGCUGCUCGCGGGCCGCCGCCGCGCGCGCCGACGACGCCGAGAGCCCCGUCAUCGCCGACGCCGACCGACCCGCCCCCGACAACGAACAAUAGGGAAAGCAGUCGUUACCAAUUCCGUGCCCACCCUCUACGCACCCCAUCCAGGGGACUCUAGACUGGCCACUGAAUUUGUAAACGCAGUGCAAUCAAAGAACAUUCUCAACAUGUUCACAAAAGACUUGGCUAAAUACUCUUUUUGGAACUUAAGAAAUUUUAAAUCGUGGAAGUCUCAGUGUGAUAAGCAAUACCAUUCAAUUAUAUUGUGUGUCCUUCACUAAUGUUUCAUAGUUCUGUAGCGGGUGAAUACAAUUUUAUUAAAUGCAAUUUAUUCCGUGUUGACUUUGCUAGUUAAGUAGAUAUCUCUGAUGUAGUGUUUCACGUUCAAUUAUAUCGAUACACUUUAUAAAACAUAUAUUUACGUUAUGUACUUGCGAACAGUUUGUUAAUUCCUAACUUCCGUGUAAUAAGGGUAGAAAUAUUAUUUUCACUAACUUAGAGAUUUCAUAUAUUUUAUAAAACUAUUGAUGUUUUUAUCGAAUAAUGUAUGUUUUUAUAUUAUGUAUGUUCACUAAGUAAUUAUACCGUAGAUAGGAUGAUAUUAGUCGGAAACAAAUUGACUAGGUGGCACUAUAGCCUGCGCUAAAGAUACUUUAUAUUAAGAAAAGAUUCAUGCUACAUUUUUGCGAGAAUAAAUAUAUGAAUUAAAGAAUGAAAUCUGAAAAGGAAGACAAUAAAGCAGCUGCACCUUCGAGUAGAGUUAGCGUCUCGCAAGAAUGCAGGCAACACUACUGCCUUGCAUAUGGCAAGUGCAGUUUGACGCUGCACUGCAUAUCCGCGGAAUUAUAAGAGAAAUGUUUUAGCUCAAUUCGUGUAAAUUAUAUUGAUUACGAGUUAUUAUUGUAGUAUCACUAACUUUAUCAAGAACGAAUUAAUAUUGUAACGAAGAAUAGACAAACAGCAAGCAAUGUCACGAAUUUGUUUGGGGGGCGAACUUAGUGUUUAAUAUAAUAUGUGUACUAUAUCUACAGUAAUGGCAGUUUCCAUUACAUCAUUCGAUUUUUUAUUAAAUAAAUAGUAAUGUACAUUAAAUAUACAACAGUGUUGUGCUAGCUCCCUAAAUUCACUUAUAAUCUGAGAGGUUUUUAUAAAGAUCUAUAUGUCGAAUCACGUUUUACAUACAUAGAAAUAUAAGAAGUAAUUCCAAGUAUAAUAGGUGUACAUUCACGAAUUUUUUAUUGGUUUUUUAUAUAAAUCUUUAUCAGGUAUUUUACAAUUUAUACUAUAUACAUACAAUGAGCAAUAAAAUGAAUUGUUAUUAAUUAUAGCAGGAUACUAUUACUAUUGUCACACUAUGUUAACUCAUAUUGUUUACAAUUAUACUCAUUGUUCACUGAACUAUACAUUGUUAUUAUGCAACUGUUAAAUAUUUCUGUAUUUAUAUAAGGUCGGUUCAUAUCAGUCAAUUAUAUAAUGUUUAUAUCACCGAAAAAUACUUAUUACCUCUAUCUAACACUAAACACUCCAAAGUAGUAAUACGAAGAUAUUAUCAUGUUAUCUAUAACACAGUACUAUAUUCAUAUUAAUUCUCAGUUAAGAUUACAUUUCCAGUGUUCUACAUAUUGUUGUGUUCCGGCCUUGAAAUUUCUUCCUUCUAUACUAUUGUAAAUGUAAAGAACAUCCUCAACAUAGUCUGUUUGUAAGUUCACGAACUCCAUAUCCAACCUUAAUACCGUCGCAUAACUGCAGGUGAAUUGAAGUUUUAUACAGUUUUACAGUAUAUUUGAAUUAAUUAUAACUAUGUUAGUAAGCCAGCUUGCAAUCGCGAGCACUUGUAAACAUCUACUAAAGAGUACCUAUUGUACACGAUCGCGUUAGGCGAAUGAAAUUGCUUCGUUUUGUAAAUAGUGCAUUGUAUUAAUGAAUCUUGAGAAAACCUAAAAAUAAGGAAAAAUAAAUUGCAAACUCAAUAUUUUUAUUCGAUGUGUGCGUAAUGUCCAUAUUUGGAUAUUACUUAUACUAUUGUUCACCAGCAGCACUCCAUCUAAUUAGAAUGUAAUUAAAUUGUCACUUAUCUAGUUAGGAAACGGCUCACAAACAUUACAUCGCGUCCAGUAAGAGGGUCGAUGGCGAUAAACGAAAUGGCGCUAUGUAUAAUGUAAAUAAAGUAGCUGAACAUAGGUCCCGCCUAGCGUGAACUUAUCUAUGUUCCAUCACUCCAGUAAUCAUACUUCACUGUCUUUACUAAAUGCACUGCACCAAAACUUUUUGAUCAAACUGGACACCAAUUCUGAAAAUAAUUCAUAAAAACCCAAAAACUGUCAUCUAUAUUAUAAGCUGUAUCAUAAAGCGACGAACUUUCGUUCAAAAUUGCCUGGUAGGUACUUUUGGCUCAAUGAAACCACCAACAUUAUAUGUGUUGGCAUAUCAGAGUACUAUAGACGCCAUUGUAAUCGACGCUGGUAAUGUGUUUAUGACAGUUUCUUCAGAAUUAGGGUCCAGUGGUGACGUCAUUAAAGAGUCGUGUUCACGCGAAGGAAUUUGAUUCCGUACAUCGAUAUCAAGCAAUAUGCUAAGAAGCCGGCUUAUGCGAUAUACCUAAUGUAUGGCAAACAUGUGGACUGAAUAGGUUUUUUAUGACCUGUAUUUAAUUGAAUGUGCUAUUAUUGUAAUAAAAUGUUGUUAAGCAAAA